CAAAACGUAUUGUGCCUCGGGUUUAUACAGCUCCUCCGGCUACUCCUAGGGAGUUGCUCUUAUUUGACAAUUAUAAAUUUUGAGGAUUUAUAGUGAAAUAACAGAACUAUAUAGGCUGGAUACUUUUCAUGCCCAUUUUUUUUCAGCUUUGGACUCUGGGAUAGUUCUUGUUUUUGUGUUGGAUGUGGACCGAAUUCAGUAGGGAUCCCAGCAGACAUUCCCCUGUGAUUUGGAAAUGGCAACUGCUCUCAGUAGUCGAUAUCCUGGUGGACGUGGACCAAAUAGAAGUAAGGGGCGAAUUUUAGGCAUCAUUGAUGCCAUCCAGGAUGCAGUGGGGCCACCCAAACAAGCAGUUGCUGACCGGAGGACUGUAGAAAAAACUUGGAAACUCAUGGAUAAAGUUGUGCGGCUCUGCCAAAAUCCCAGACUCCAACUGAAAAACAGUCCACCAUAUAUCCUGGAUAUUUUACCUGAUGCCUACCAACACCUGCGGGUCAUACUAGGCAAAUAUGAAGAGAACCAGAUGAUCAUACAGCUUAGUGAGAAUGAUUACUUUAAAAUCUACAUUGAUAGCCUUAUGAAGAAAUCCAAACGAGCUAUCCGGCUCUUCAAAGAGGGAAGAGAGAGGAUGUACGAGGAGCAGUCACAGGACAGGAGGAACCUGACCAAGCUGUCUCUGAUCUUCAGUCAUAUGCUGGCAGAAAUCAAGGCAAUCUUCCCUGGAGGACAAUUCCAAGGAGACACGUUCAGGAUUACCAAAGCUGAUGCUGCUGACUUCUGGAGGAGAUUUUUUGGUGAAAAGACAAUAGUGCCAUGGAAAGUCUUCCGUCAGUGCCUUCAUGACAUACAUCCCAUCAGCAGCGGUCUGGAGGCUAUGGCUCUCAAAUCCACCAUUGACCUCACCUGCAAUGACUACAUUUCUGUGUUCGAGUUUGACAUCUUCACACGCCUCUUCCAGCCUUGGGGAUCGAUUCUGAGGAACUGGAAUUUCCUAGCGGUGACACACCCUGGCUAUAUGGCCUUCCUUACUUAUGAUGAAGUCAAAGCUCGACUGCACAAGUACAUCAACAAGCCUGGCAGUUACAUCUUCAGACUGAGUUGUACACGUUUGGGCCAAUGGGCCAUUGGCUAUGUGACCACUGAUGGAAACAUACUGCAGACCAUUCCCAACAACAAACCGCUGUUCCAGGCUUUAAUCGAUGGCUACAAGGAGGGCUUCUACUUAUUCCCAGAUGGUCGCAGUUACAAUCCUGACCUCACUGGUUUAUGUGAGCCGACACCUCACGAUCACAUCAAAGUCACACAAGAGCAGUAUGAGCUGUACUGUGAAAUGGGCUCUACCUUUCAGCUUUGUAAGAUCUGUGCUGAGAAUGACAAAGACAUCAAGAUUGAACCAUGCGGUCACCUCAUGUGUACUUCCUGUUUUACUGCCUGGCAGGAAUCAGAUGGCCAAGGAUGCCCUUUCUGUCGCUGUGAGAUCAAAGGCACAGAGCCCAUUAUUGUGGAUCCCUUUGACCCACGAAAUGAGGGCUCCAAGUGCUUCUUCCUGGACCAACACAGCUCCCCCUUGCUGGACCUGGAUGAUGAGGAAGACCGAGAAGACUGUCUUGUCAUGAAUGGACUGGCCAACAUCAGGAAGCAAUGUGGUGAGCAUCAGAAAUCGCCAAUGGUGUCGCCCAGUUCUUCACCUGUCAGCCAACACAGAAAAGCCCAUGGGGGAAACUCCAGCCAAUGUGUCCAGCACCUCAGCCUCCCACCUGUCCCACCACGACGUGACCUUAUCAACAAAGGUGCCAUUCGCUCCCCAUCUGCCAGUCCCAUCUGCUCCCCCAAGUCUUCACCAGGCAUAUCUAGGAAGCAAGACAAGCCUCUUCCAGCCCCACCUCCUCCACAGAGGGACCCACCACCACCUCCUCCUCCCGAGCGUCCUCCUCCUGUCCCCCCUGAAUCACACCACUCUUCGCUCCCCAGUUCCUCGUACAUGUCCUCUUCUUCUACAGGCAUGCUGUCAGAAUUCCAAAUUUCCUCUGAGACUUGGUGCUCCAAAGACAGCCAUUUGACAGAUGCACACAAGACUGGAGGGGAACACCAACUCCAGCUGGGACCCACUGUGCCUUGUCACUUGCACCGAAGACCACUCAGUUGUCCAUCUGUGGAAUUUGUGAGGUUACAUCAAAGGUUGGACGGGGCAGGAAAUUCAGAGAGCUCCAAGCCCUUCUGUAAUGGCGAGCAAGUCAGUGAUGAGUAUGACAUCGUUCCCUCACGGCAGUUGCCAACUCAGUCCAAACUUUGUAGUAGCCACAAAUCCUCCAACCCUUUUUGCAGCCCUGUGUUAGAACAACAUCAAGGGGCAAUGGAAGGACCGGAGGGCAACUAUCACAUUCCUUCAUCCAGUCUGUGCCUGAGUCAGACUCCUGUCUGCAUCACUGUAGCAAGCAGGUCCUUGGAAAAUAGCCCUCCAGAGCUGUCCUUUGAGGAGGAGAAGCCCUGGUGCCUUGAGCCUGGUGGAUGUUCAGAAUCCAUCGGUGGGUUAGUCUCGGGGGCAGCACAUACUACCCUCUGCCCCUUCAACAUCCAAAAGACACCAUCUGACUAUGACUUUCUACUUCCCCAACCAGUAUUUGAAGACACCUUAAACAGCUGCCCUCCAUCCCAGCCUCCUCCUCCACCUGUGAGACACAGCUUUACUGAGCCGCCCUCAUCACCCUCAUCCUGUAACUCUUCCAUGUCAUCCAACUCUGUUAUCACUCAACUACACAUGCCCCCCUCUGGACACGAGCAUGUCCUGUUAACUCCAGACUCAGUUUUUGGAAUGGUGAACAGUGCUGCUCCCUCGCAUCCAGCCAAAAGGCAAACGGACAAUGUGAAAAGCUCCAGAGGCAUCCUGGAGUACAACCAUCCAGUAUCACUGGACUGUUUGCAGGCACCAGCGAGGCCACCCAAGCCAUAUCCGAGGAAGAUUCCUCCAGAAAUACAACCAGAAAAACCACACAGCCUGGAGCUGGAGAGUGAAGAUGCAAAGAUAGCUAAACUGAUGGGCGAGGGUUUCGCUUUUGACGAUGUGAAGCGAGCACUGAUGAUUGCUCAGUACAAAGUGGAUGUGGCCCGAAACAUCCUGCGAGAAUUUGCCUUAGUGGCCCCCAGACUCAACCUCUAGUCCUAACAGAGUGUGAAAGUGGAGCACAGCGAUGAAGCCGUGCCUCUAAAAAGGGCUUCUUUAUUCUCUUUGUUCUCAGAAAUUUAGGGGAAAAUAGUGAGGGAAAGAAACAGAAAUAUUUCAAGGGAGACUUAGUUUUUUGAUGCCAAACAGAGAUGACACGCAUAACAAAGUGGCUAAAACCAAAUCACUGCAGAGCACAGAGAAUCAAAAAAGGGAAAGAUAUGGAUGUGAAUGAUUAAACCUGUGAAAAAAGAAGAGGCUUGUUAUGUUUACAGUGAACUUUGCCAGUGCUGGCCUCUGGAUUUAAUUCUUCUGUGUGUCUGGGUGCGUAGACCAGAUCAUGCUACUGCUGCUACUGUCGUAUCACAUUACUCAGAUCUGAAAGAUUCUUAUAAUAGCAAAACAGUUUCAGCUGCACGUUGUCAGAGGGUCAGUUUUCAUAACCAGUGGGGUGAGCCUUUCUCCAAGAUGUUUCUUCUCUAGCUGCUUUCCACCCUCUCCUCUAUUUAGUGCCUUCUGUUUUACUUCCUCCUCCUCUUCCCGUAUGUAUUUUUCAGAAUACUCCAUUUUUUGCCCAGAUUUUGACAUAGUAAUUGUCAAAUUAUGCUCCUAAUUAUGCGAGGAGCAUAAUUAGCGAGGAGCUAAUUAUGGUCCUCGCUUCUGUUCCUACACCGGGGGAUGUUUAUUAUUAUGUUUUUCAUUUUUGGGCAGCAAGCCUAGGAAUGUAUUUGUUCUCCAUAAGUGACCUUUACCUUUUUUCAUUCCCUCAGGCCUAGUUUUUUUCUUUAAGUGAUGCUGUGUUUAAUGUUUGUGGAUGUUUGAUUUGUCUGUGUCUAAAGCCAAGUUUAAAGAAAUGACAGGAAUGGGUGCAGUUCCAUAAAACAUACAUAUCUGUUAGAUCUUAAGAGAUGAGACGAUCCACAGCCACCUGUCUCCCACUGUCUCACACUGAAAAUGUUCACAUGAUGGAGGAAGCACUCUCAGCCUGAUUUUGAGAGAGUGUGACUUGAUAGCUUGCACGUGAACACAAUGGAGAAGAACAAAAUACUGCACAGGUUUCAAAACGCAAGACCAAUUAUAUGCACGGUCAUUGUAAUGUUAAAAACCCUUACCUCACAAUAUGGCAUCUGCUACAGGAAAAAAAGCAUAAAAACUUGUAGCAGUUUGUGAAGCACAUGGUGCUUCACAAACUGCUACAACAACUUCAGUGUUAAUCAACCAAAACAACCACAGGUUAAAGCCUAAACCAAGAAAAGACACAAUAGUGUCAUAAUAAAGAAACUUAUCAUGGGAUGCCCCUCGGCGCCCUGAGGCUAACUAAGCGGUGUUUCAGGGUUUCUUUAUCACAAAGAAAAGUUUAAAGCCUAAUCUUGAAAGUGCAGUGCCUGUCUCCUAAAUCCAAACUGGAUGAUCUGCUGCCCAUUCUGUUUUUCAAAAGUUACAAUUUUAGCCAAACACAUGGGGUUGCAUAUUAAAAGAUAUCUGGUGUAAAACUCAAAUCAAACAUCUUGUGCUUCCUAACGUGGUGAUCCCUUUGUGAUAAGGGAGCAGCUGAAGACAGCUUUUAUACAGAGUAUGCAGACCAUAAAAUCGAAAUUGUAUGGUCUGCAGUGACCUUUCCCUUCAGGGGGACUAGUUGAACCUAACAAUUCCACAUAUUCACAGAAUCCACUGUAGGAGUUGGGUGUUAAUAUUUGUGUCUUUAAUAUGUCAAAUAUCUGAAAUUCCAUGAUAAUUUCACCUCAUAAUUUGAGACUGUGAUAAAAUUUUACUUUCCAAAGUAAUUUUUGAGAUUUCCUGAACAAUUUCUUUGAAGAAAACAAGCUCUCAGGUGAUGUGACACGUUGUAAAUCGUUUAUCUAGGUGAUUUCUGUUCUUUAAGACCUAUUUUGAUAUUUUUCUGUAAUUGCUUUCAUGCAUUUGUCAAACCUGCGGAUUUGUUGACAUCGUGUCUUAUCAUAUGAACAAUUUAUCCUUUGUUCGGAGUUUUUAAGUCAGUAAAUCAAGACUCCUUAGUACAAAAACAAACAACCGAGGGCAAAAAGUUGAACUGUCCUUAGAUUAAAUACUGUCGUAUUUAUACGUUUAAUCUUUGCUUGCAUAGCAUUCGCAGACAGCAUGCUGCCUAGAUUAAACUAGGUCCUAUUUUCCUGUUUUCACUUCCACAUUCCAAUUUUAUGGUCAUUCACUGUUAGACUAUCAAAAUAAUCAGAGUUGAUAAGUGAUAGUGUUUCAUUGUUUGUUUAUUUUUCACAGAGCCCACUCUGAUUGAGGCUCCUCCCUUUUCAAAUGGAAAUAAAAUGGUUCAGUCAAAACUUUGUUAUACCGUAAAUACAAGAAAAUGAUAUUCACAAAUCUACUAACACAGCUCACUGGCUUUGUGUGUUAGUCUUUAAAUGGUCCAGUUGUAUUUAUAGUGUGAGUGUGAUCCCCAGCAUGAAGGCCUUUUUUUACUUGAGUAUUUAGUUCAUAUUUUGGAACAAGCCAAGGUUUUUAACAGGCUUCUCCAUGAUAAAGUUCAAGAGACUCACAUAGCUACCAGAUUAACAUGCAAAAAUGUGAAUGUGGCUCUACCCCAGCCUAGUUCAUGUAUUAAUGGAGACAGGGAGUUUACACAUAUCUGGAACCACAACAAUGAUAUUCCACAUUCUGAUAUGCCAUUUAGUGGCAUUCCCCCUUAACUCGAUGGUUUGCUUUUGCAGUGGUUCUUUUGUAUAGCAACCAUCUUUCCUAAGCUCAGUAUUGUCCAUUCUGUUGGACACCCUUGUGAUGGGCUUAAAUAACCUUUGGUUGCAAAGGGCAAUUUUAAUGUUCUGAAUUCAUUGACAUAUCAUUAAUAUGUCAAUGAAUUCAGUGAAAGUGCUCUAGUGAAAGAAAUGUAUUGAUAAUAUGUCAUGCAUAAUGUGCAGUGUAUGUUUAUAUUUAUGUUAUUCAUGCUUGAUUGGUUGAUUUUUUUUUAAAUCAAUAAUAAACAGUCACAGUUACCUAUUAAA